AAUAUUCAUAAUUGCAGUACUGAUUUUUAUGUUGAAUCUUCUCCGGAACAACGACUUGGGUUUUUGCCGGGAGUUGCGGAAGAUCUUGUUAUCAGUACUUUCCGAAACUGGAAAAAUAUUAUUACAAAAGCACCUGUAGUGGAAACUGAAAAUCCAGUAAACAUCGAGGAAAUGUCAACUACCAACGUCGAGAACGCAAAAAAUAGCAAGUCGGAUUUUACAAAUGACAAUUCUGAAAACACGAAUGUCGUGGAGGAGCCAUGGACCAAGGAUACCAAUACGUCUGAUUAUUACAACGGCGCCUCCUGCAAAAGCUACAGCUGGAGUCAAUCGAUUGUCGACCUUGAUGUUCUCGUGCCCGUACCCUGGGAAGUGCGUAAUUCAAAACAGCUACGCGUCGUCCUCGACAGUCAUGAAAUCGAAGUGACGAAACUUGGCGUUAACGACAGUCUGACACUGGUUAAGGGACGACUCUCGUUUAAGACCAAGAGCGGCGAAUCCUACUGGUAUCUCGAUCCUGGCAAACACCUCACCCUACAUCUGGAAAAGGCGAAUGAACGUUGGUGGGAGUCGCUCUUGGAGGACGAGCCGCUCAUCGAGCUCAGCAGGAUCGAUUGCACGCGGAAAUUCGAGGAGAUGUCCGAGUGCGAGCAGAUGAAAGUGGAGGAGCUCAUGUGGAAGCAGAGGCGGAAGUCGUUUGCCCAACCCACGUAUGAACGACUAGUGAGGUCUCGAAUAAUGGCGCCGGCCGAUACGAGUGGAUCGAGCCUCGUUUUUUCUCACGAUUUUCCCUUUCUCUGAGGCGCGUUUGCUUGAUCCUGCGCGCCGUCCUUCACGCGUCGAGCAUCUCCACAUUUAUCCGUUACUUCUCGUUGCCCAAUGCACUAAUGUUGCCGUUGCGCCACUGCCAGAGUUUUUAAAUGCUCGAUCGACGCGUAUACGGGAAAAAUCAAUAAUCAAUCUACAUGUCGCACCUCUUCGCAACCUCUU